CGACCGCUUCCUUGCUUAAAACAGUGGCUGUUUCUUCGUCCCGCCUCAUUUGGCCAUACUGGCGGGUCCGCGGGCUCGGUUUGUGAUCCUUGCCAGAGGACCCCCAUUGUACCAUGCAUCGAAGACACCUCGCGUUCCUGCUCGUCUUGUGCGUUCCCUUCGUGUCUGCAUCGGAUGUGACGGCGACGGAGGUGGAUCCCGUAUUCAACGUGAACGACGAGUGGAAUUUGACGGCGACGAAGUUGUCGAGCUUGUUAAACGAUGUGCUCGAUCGGUACAUGCCGCGACUCUUACGGUUGGCUUCCGAAACAGAACUGUCGCCCGAGUGUGGAGCCUCGCUGCUUCGAGUGUUUAACGGGAUCCGACGGUUGGAUUACGACAGUAUGCAAAUGGUGGACGCCAGUGCAAAACUGCCCGCCGGUAUCCUUGGAGGGACCCUCGCAGCAAUGGGCGACUACGACGCCUGCAUGGCACUUACUUUUAUGAAUCGAUUCAACGAUGAGGUGGAGGACUUCCGAGGUCAGUACUGCAGCGUACGCAUCACCCCACCGCUGCCUCCAAAGCCAAGGCACAUUUCAAAGGGGGUUGUCAUCGUCAACACUGAGCAGUUUCCAGAGCAUCAUGUGCUUCGGCAAUUCGCCAUCUCGGUGCAUAAUUUUUACUUCACACAUGUCCGCCUGGGAUUGUGUUUCCCGAGCACCUGCCCGGCUGAGGAUGUGCAGAAGCUUCUGUACGUUGCUAAAAGCCUACUGAACUUAAAUGCAUCUGUGAUACACUGUGAGGUCCGUCCGGACGCCUACAACAUGUCCGGGGAACAGCUGGUAGCUCUGGUCGUAGUUCUUUGCUUCGUUCUCGUCGUCUUCAUUGCUACAUCCAUGGACAUCCUGAAUCGCACUUACAAGAGCUGCAAGUCUAAGGUUCUCACACACGCAUACUCAGUUGAAGCAUUCAUGGACAUGUCUGUCAUCCGAUCAAGUGCGAAGCUACUUCAAGUCCGCACACCAGCCGACGAGCACAGUCGCAACUUACAGGCCAUUCACGGCAUUCGUGCUUUCAAUGUCUUCUGGAUUAUAGUUGCGCACACGUACGCCUUCGGAGAGAUCACCACUUACCGUAAUGGCCUGAGCGUGCUCGAGCAGGCAAGCAACUUGCUGUUUCAGCCUGUUCUGAACUCUUUCUUGUGCGUGGACACCUUUUUCUUCCUAGGGGGCUUUCUAAUAACGUUCAAUCAGUGCAAGAUAUUCUACAAAACGCAUCCAGUUCUGGAUUAUUUCGGCAAGCUAGUAGCUCGCUACUGGAGAUUAGUUCCAGUGGCAGCAGCGUGCACAUGUUUCAUCUUCCUUGCACCGGAACUAGGGUCCGGACCUAUUUGGCAUGAAAAAAUGGGCCAAGCCACGGAGAACUGCCGUCGAACGUGGUGGGCAAUUCUGCUGGUCAUACAUAAUUUUGAAGGAUACGAACAAUCGUGCCUUCCUCACUACUGGUACAUCAGCGCGGACAUCCAGAUGUAUGCAGUCAUCUUGGCUACGUCCAUUCUCCUUGGAAGGCAACCCAAGUUGGCACUUCUGAUCACAGCAUGCCUCCUGACCCUCAGCGCGAUAGUUGUAGGAAUCUUGACGUACAUCAAUAACUACCCGCCUACUUUGCUGAUGCUCAGCAGGGACUAUCACUAUUCCAAAGAUCUACUGUCAGAAAUCUACUUCAGGCCUUAUGUGCACAUCGGACCUUACCUUACCGGAUCGCUCGUUGCAUACCUGUACCUGCACCACAGGAACACUCAUGUUCCACGAAUCCUCGAAGGACUCUUGUGGAUCACUUGCAUAGCGGCAGGAUCGUACGUAAACUUCAUUACCGUCGUGUGGAGUAAUGGUGACCUGCCAUCCAGCUUCUGGUCCAGUGUCUACGCUGGUACACAUCGCAUAGUUUGGAGCGCCUGUGUAGGCUGGGUCGUGCACAGGUGUGCUGUUGGCAGAGGGGGGUUACUGAACAGGCUGCUAUCAUGGAAGUUUUUGGUUCCCGUGAGCCGCGUUUCGUUUGCUAUCUAUGUUAUUCACAUUUAUACAAUCUACUUUAAGCUGUGGACGACGCGGGAGCGGAUAAGCCUUUCCCAUUUCCACGUGUUCAUGACAGCGAUAUCGAACUUCGUCGUGUCAUGCAUCCUGGGAUUUUUGGUGGCCAUCAUCUUCGAGAAGCCCGUCGUCUACGUAUGGGACACGCUGAGCACGGGGGCGUGUUUCAGCAAAAAGGCUAAAAACGAGAAGAACGGCGUCCAGGAUUCCAAGCCCGUUCAUGCAGGCGUAUGCAAGCAGGUGUCGAUAGGGAGAGACCUUUCGGCAAACAUGCACUGUACAGGGACAAGAGUUGAAGGUGUAUAGUUCGGUCAUUUUUCGCAUCCUAUUUAUUGUAAAUAGCACAUACCAUGUAAAUAAACUUCGAAGAGUGAAAGAGAAAGCGUGAAAA